UCACGUGCAUAUGUUUUCGAUUGAGUUUACUUGUUUCCUUGACUUCACAUUCACCACAGGAAGUAAAACAUCUUGCAUCCACUUUAAUGAAGUAGUAUAACUCGCUCACGCACGCUGUGUGCUCCCCCUCCGAUGUCUGGGUGUGCAGUUUGACUUGGUGUGCGAGAACGCCUGGCUGCUGGAUCUAUCUCAGGCUCUCCUCAAUGUAGGACUCUUGGUGGGAGCCAUCCUCAUGGGUUACGUUUCUGACAGAUAUGGGCGCCGAUGGAGCUUGAUGGUGUCUAUCGUGAUGCAGACCAUCUUCGGUGUUCUGGUUGCCUUUGCCCCCAACUACGCCGCCUUUGUGUGCAUGCGGACUCUGCAAGGGAUCUUCAACAUGGGCAGCUGGACUACCGUCUUUGUGACCGCUACCGAGUUUGUGGGCUCAGGCCAGCGCAGGGUGGUGCACAUGGUGCUGCAGAUGUUCUUCAGCUUUGGAGUCAUCAUGCUGUCUGGUAUCGCUUACUACCUACGCACGUGGCGCUACCUGCAACUGGCUCUCACACUGCCAAACGUCGUCCUCUUUUCCUACUACUGGUUGCUGCCAGAGUCACCACGAUGGCUUAUUUCCCAGAAUCGUAAAGAGCAGGCUUUCGGUGUUUUAAAGAAGAUAGCGAGCGUGAAUGGACGGGAGUUAUCUGACAACAUCCGAAAGAACUUUGAGGAGGUGACAAGAGCCGAUGAAAAGGCUGGCAACCCAUCAAUUGCAGACUUGAUGAGGUCCGCAAAGAUUCGCAAGUACACGGUGGUACUGAUGAUUUACUGGUUCGUGGUCGGUGUUGUGUACCAGGGGCUGGCGAUGAGCACGGGGAAUAUCGGUGAUGACGUCUACCUGGCCUUCCUCAUGGGCGGGCUGGCUGAGAUUCCCGGAGCCCUGAUGGUGAUCGCGCUCAUCGAUCGAGUCGGGAGGCGUCUCCCCAUGUGCGUGGCCCCUGGGCUGUCGGGUCUCGCCUGCCUCGCCACUGCCCUCGUCCCCCAUGAUAUUGGUUGGCUGAAUAUCACUCUGGUGACACUGGGCCGCCUUGGACUGACCAUGGCCUAUGAGAUGGUGACCCUGGUUAACAAUGAGCUCUAUCCGACGCACCUCAGGAACAUGGCCAUGUCCACUUGUUCAUCACUGUCUGGUAUCGGUGGAAUAGUCGCUCCGUUUGUCCUCUACCGUCUUUACACCAUUUGGAGGCAUCUACCCAUGGUUAUUUUUGGAACCCUUGCGAUUAUUGGUGGGUUCGUGAUUCUGCUCUUGCCAGAAACAAACGGUCUUCCUCUACCAGAAACCACCGAGGAUGCAGAAAACAUUUCCAAGAAACAGAAAAUGCUGCGGUCGCGCAAGUUUGAGACCAAGAACCCCUUGAGAAAUGAAGAUUCUCAGGCCGAUGGAAAUGUGACUGCUACUGAGCUCGAGUUUAUAAAUGUGAAGCAAUGAGUGUGCACGAUACCGCGUGUGAACAAAACUACCAUGCGUAUUAGGGUGCCUCGGCUCAUUAAUGCUUUACCUAUGCUAGUAUUUACAUGUUGUUUAACAAUCAAAAUUCGGCCAUAACACGGUAAUACGCGUACGUUAGUUGUUGCGUUGAGGCAAACAUGUGCAACUAUUUGAUUAUCAACGCAAGAUUAUUGCGAUACAAUUGCAGAAAGUUUAAAAUCACGAAGAUAUGUUUUAUAUGAAACCAUUUGUUUGGAAGGGCUUUUGAAAACACAAACAGGGUACUUCUAAAUCAGACAUUGGCAAAGUACGGCCUCCGGGCCGUGUACGGCCCGUUGGGCUUUUUAAUCUGGCCCGCCGAACUUGUCCAAAUGUUAUUAUUAUUGAAUUAAAUUUUACCUUUCUCCUGUAAUGCCCCCA